GAUCCUGUCGUUGUACAGGCAGCUUUUGCGACGACAACGUUAGCACGCGGUGAUGUCACUUCCGUCUUCACUGUUGCUGGAUGAACCCGAUACAUCAACUGACAUAUUCUACGAGAGACCCGUUGAAGCAACUGUAAAGCCAGCCUCCACUUCGAGAUGCCAGCUCGCAACAUCCACGCCCUCAUCUACGGCCAGACGGGAUCAGGGGUGACAACUCUCAUUAAGCGCUGGGUGAGCGGCCGGCUGCCCACCUCCAUGGAAGAACUCGCUCUGCCCUAUAAUGGAGUCAAAAACAUAAACAUCCAGCUGGCAGGACAAAAGACGUCGGAGGUUGCCAUGGUGACACUUGUAGACGGGGGUGUGUUCCGUGGUGACGAGGAAGGUCUGAGAAGAAUCUGUGGAAAAGUUGACGUCAUUGUCGCAUGCACCUGUGUCCAGGUUGAUGACACCGGCUUACCUGGCAUACAGCACAUCAACAAGCUGCUGGGUGCACGAAGACCGCCAGUCAUCGUCCUUGGGACAAUGUCGGACUUGCGUGAUGAAGCGAGUGAUACGUUACCACUCCUUACUGCGAUAGCUUGUAGUAAUGAUGUGGAAAAGCCCCAGGAGGUGAUGGAGGAGAUGGGGAAGGGUUCACGUGACGCACCCUCGUCUGGAUACCCUGAACUGUCAGAGGAACCAAGGAGGGUGGGUCAGCACAGAAACGGAAAGAAACCCGGUCCGGAUCAAACUCCGUCUGUCACGUCGGAACAUUCUAUUGAUGUAGAAGUGUUUGAGGAACAGACUCCUCUGUUGCUGGUGUCAACACGACACGGUCGUCAGGACCAAAGUAUCGAGAGGAACAGCACGAAGGAGCAGGAUGUUCCUGAAGGAGAAACACACUCAUUGAUGCCCGGUCAGUUUCAAGUCACAGUUAAUAUAGAGAAUCCUCACCUUCAGAAGGUAGACAUUGGUGGGUCGAAAGCUCUGGAGCAAGGUGUCCCGGAAACAAAUGAAAAGGUGCAUUUCAGUGAAAAGGACUCAUUCCCAAUCAUGCCUGAAUCUGAUGAUAAUGAAGAGACAAGUGUGAUUCUGAAUGAAAGCAGUUUGUCGAGUAAACUGGAAUUAACCAUAGAGAAUCUUAAAAGGCACAGCAUAAAGAACGAUGACCCGGGACCGGAAAUAUGUUCAAUUGAAGAUGACUGUUCCGCUGCGCAGGAGCGGCUUUUGCUGUCAGACGGGGAGGCGAGUGACGUCACUGGAUCGGACAGACGGAUGGCAUCGCCCACUGAUCUCGAGUUUGAUAACAUAGAGCAUGAUUUGUCGUUUUUGAGCAGGGAAUUGAUGAACAUCUCAUCCCAUCGAAUGAACCCUCACUACUGGUCGACGGAAUCCAUCAACGGAUCUGUUGGGUCAUAUCUGGACCGCUCCAGAGACGAGAUCAGUGUGCCGGGCCCGGCCCAUAACAGACCACUGAGACAAAAGAAGCACGCUGCUGAUCUUGCUCCAUGUUCCACUCAACCUUUACACCAACUGGACCGCUCAAGCUCAAGCCAUAAAGAUGUGAUAGGUGACGAAGUAAACCAUUCAUCAAAAUCCAACACAUCACCUAUCAAACCCUUGUUAGAAACCCACUUCCCAGCCAGUUCUGAUUCAUCGUUCACAGUCAAGUAUUUCCCAUGUACCCAGAAUUCAAACGCCACGAUUUCCUCCUCGACAGACUGUUCCCAAACAUCGCUGCACAACAACAACUCGUGGACAGACAAUACCGGUAAAUCGGGUAAGUGUGAUGACUGUAUUGCCAAUGGAGCUGAAAGCACGUCUACUACCUCCGCGUUGCGUCAUGGGGAGGUUUCCACAUCGUCCUCUUCGUCGUUACCGGAAGUGAAGAACCUUCACAUCAGCCUUGACCUUGCUCCCGUGAAACUGAUUGGCCCUUAUCCAGGCAAGGCUCUACUGAGGGGGGUUAACAGUGGUUGGUUUCUGAGUAUGGAGGAUGGAACUCGCUGUGUUAAGAAUCUCCGGGGGGAGCGGUACAUGGAGUGUUCUGCCCUGUCAGGGGACAAUUUACAUCAGGUGUUUGAAUACAUGGUCAGGGCAGGAUGUAAAUAUAACAGGAGAAGGAACGCUAAGUGUUUGAUAUCAUGAUACAGCACAAUCAUCCAUCUGCAUGAUGGGUGAAUGAGGUACUGGGCUUGGGCAGAUUGGCAGCCCAAACAACUAUGACUGAAGUCGUUCAAUAAUUGCCUUCUUUGACUGUGUAAUUGUGUAAGUGUAACACAGUAAUGGCUUAUUAUAGCUUGAAAAUACUUAGUAAAAAAGGUUCCCGGAAUGAAGAGAGACGUGGUUCGUAAUUCCCCGAGGCGAAUGUAUAUUACUGACACAACAUCUGAUUUUAUAGAGACAAAUAUUUGGAUGAUGUGUCUUUCACUCGGUGGAGUCUAUUAACUUAUGUCAGACAGUGUUGGAAGCAAACCUGUCCUUAUUUGGCCUGAUUGAUGACAAUAUGUAGCGAGCCUCAGAUACCUCCAUUACGUCAAAUUGUAACUAUCAGUACUCACAACACUACAAGUGGUUUUAAAGUUCUGUUUUCAUGUCCAUUAAACAAAUCUGUAAAUCAAACCUGUGAAAAGAGAGACAGUAUGGAAGAAGUUGGGAACUGUACCAUAUGAGCUCAGAGAUAUAGAUGACACAGUGUUCAUGAGUUGUCGUUCCAGUCAUUAUUUUCACUCCUCUGAAUGCGUCUCUGGAUUAUUAAAAUGUUUAUCAACAAUCUAGUCUUUAUGUCAUAUCAUUUCUGGACAAGUGAAUGUCAAUUUAUGGAUGCUUGUAGAAACAAAUUAUUAUACGGGUCACGUGUGAACGACGUUAUAUAUGUCGUGAAAUAAAUCGACUCCCUGUCGUGUC